AGAGCGCAGCGCAACGACGCUACCAAACCCCGUGGCGAAGACAUCGUGUGUUAAAAGGAAAUGGAACGAAGGGAAGAGUCAAAAGUGAAAUUUGAAAAGAGUACGAGAGGGUUCCAAAACGUUUAAGCUCUCAAAAUACCAAUCACCAACCAAAUCCAACGCCAUUAAAGCUCCAAAUUCGAGCCUACCAACUGCAUCCGUUUCUCUCAUCUUCCAUUUUAACGUUUCUCAUAUAUAUUAUCUCUCUCUCUCUGCAGUUUUCUACAAUUCAACAUAGAGAGGGAGUGAGAGAGAGCGCGUUCUUUGGAGAAGACAGCAAUGGAAUACUGGAGGAUGAUUCUGCCGUCUUUCCUGUUAAUUUUGACCUUCUUGGUGACGGAUCUUGUGCGCCCUACCCAUGCCAUUUGGCUUAACCUUCCUUCAUCCGGAACCAAGUGCAUCUCUGAGGAAAUCCAAAGCAACGUCGUUGUUUUGGCUGAUUAUGUCGUGAUCUCUGAAAAUUACACCCACUCGCCCACCAUUUCCGUCAAGGUGACAUCGCCUUACGGGAACAACCUCCACCAAAAGGAGAAUCAAACGAGUGGGCAGUUUGCAUUCACCACAGCGGAGGCUGGAAACCAUCUGGCAUGCUUUUGGGUUGAUGGUCAUCAUCAGGGUGGUGGUGAAGUUAGCUUAAAUGUCGAUUGGAGAACUGGAAUUUCAGCUAAGGACUGGGAGUCCGUCGCAAAAAAAGAAAAAAUUGAGGGUGUUCAGCUUGAGCUCAUGAAACUUGAAGGGGCGGUAAAGGCGAUUCAUGAGAAUCUUAUGUAUCUAAAGAACAGGGAAGCAGAUAUGAGGAUAGUUAGUGAAAAAACAAAUGCAAGAGUGGCGUGGUUUAGCAUAAUGUCUUUGGGUAUUUGUAUUUUUGCUUCAGCACUUCAACUUUGGUACUUGAAGCGAUUCUUCCAUAAAAAGAAGCUCAUCUAAAAUACUAUUCUUUUUCUCUAGUCUUUUGAUUUUCUCUUCUUACACCAAGACGUAUAAAGGGAAUGAUACUAGAUUGUAGACUUAUGAACCUUUUGAAUAAACUUUAUCACAGAAUUGUUUUUAUCAUCGAUUUUCCGUUA